CGGGUCCGUAAAGCCAACUCUAGAUUGUUUGUUCCACAUCGAGAAGCGUCCCCGAUUUCAACAAGAUUUCCUUCGAGUUUCCGGCCUCCUCUCCGAUCCGAUUGUUCGCCGUUCAUCCUGGUUGAGUUUGCAGCACAGAAAUGUCAUCAGUGUCUAGCCAGCCUCAGUUCCGUUACACACAGCCACCAUCGAAGGUUCUCCAUUUAAGAAAUUUACCGUGGGAGUGUGUAGAGGAGGAACUUAUAGAACUGGGGAAGCCAUUCGGCAAAGUUGUCAACACAAAGUGCAAUGUUGGGGCAAAUAGAAACCAAGCCUUCAUCGAAUUUGCUGAACUAAACCAAGCUAUUUCAAUGAUAUCAUAUUAUGCUUCUUCAUCAGAACCUGCUCAAGUGCGAGGGAAACAAGUUUACUUACAAUAUUCAAAUAGACAAGAAAUAGUGAACAAUAAGACUACCGCAGAUGUUGCUGGAAAUGUACUGUUGGCAACAAUUGAAGGAAAUGAUGCUCGGCUUGUUAGCAUUGAUGUUUUGCACUUGGCCCCAUGUCAAGGAAAACUUCAAUGGCAGCAUAUUGCAUCGAGAGAGAGAACAUGUGUGUUUGUCUCCUUUCUCUCUUGCUUACCACUGACUCUUCCUUCCGUUCUUAACCUCAUCUACUUAUCCUAAUUCCUGACUUUCUUAGAAUGUGGAAACUCAACUUCUUUUAUAACACAUGUGGUGUUGGGUCGGUGGGUGCUGAUAUCCCUGCAGUAACAUAAAGCAACCAAAUGCAU